AUGAGUAUUAUCUCGCAUGUUGUAAUCGGUAGCUCAACGCCAAAGAAAUUACAAAUUGGAGUUAAAAAGAGACCUACAGAAUGUCCAAUCAAAAGUCGAAAGGGUGAUUUACUGCAUAUGCAUUAUACGGGUACCUUAGAAGAUGGAACAGAAUUUGAUAGUUCAAUACCAAGAGGAAAUCCAUUAACUUUCACACUUGGUUCUGGUCAAGUUAUUAAAGGUUGGGAUCAGGGUCUGAUUGGUAUGUGUGAAGGUGAACAAAGAAAACUAGUCAUUCCAUCGGAAUUAGCCUAUGGAGAAGCUGGAGCUCCACCAAAGAUACCAAAAUCAGCAACUCUCACAUUCCAUGUUGAACUUGUCAAAAUUGAGAGAAAAGAUGAACUUUAA